CGCACAAACGCCGAUUCCCCAGCGCACUGCAGCAGCCAUGGCAUCCAGACGAGCAGCCGUAAGACUCGGAAAGGCCUCGGUGCCUUCGGCGAGACCCGCGACGCCCGCGCGCAUUCGAGCCGCGGCGCAGUUUGCAUCGCGACAAUUCCACCACCACCAGCACCGCCGCACCCAGCGCCUGCCGAUCGAGCUCGUUCGGCAGCCGUCGCCCGUCCUCAGCAGAGCCAGCGCCAGUCUCGUCGCCUUCGCAAGGCCAUACUCCACCGACUCCGAAGCCGAAGCGAAGCCGCCGUCCAAGAUCUGGGACUUUGAAGCUGUUUCCAAGCUCACCUCCUCCCCGGACCCGUCCGUCACCAUAAUCGACGUCCGCGAACCCCACGAGCUCAAGGAGUCCGGCCGCAUCCCCGGCGCGAUCAACAUCCCCGUGACCUCGGCCCCGGACAGCUUCUUCAUCAGCGAGGAGGAGUUUGAGGACCGGUACGGGUACCCGCGCCCCGCGCGCGACGCCGAGGUCGUCUUCUACUGCCGCGCCGGCGUCCGCAGCCGCGCCGCCGCCGGGCUGGCGCGCGAGGCCGGCUGGACCAACGUCGGCGAGUAUCCGGGGAGCUGGCUUGACUGGGAAGCGAAGGGGGGAAAGAUUGAGCGGCAGUAGUGCGUCUCUUUUUUUCCCCUCUUGUGUGUCUAUCUACAUACAUAAGUGGGGAGAUUGGUCUGGGUGACUGGGUGAGGAGGAUGGUAUGUCAUCCGUGUUGCAUAUGUACAUGUGUGGAGAAAGGGGGGGGGAGGGAGUAGUUAAUUUGUAUGCCCUAUGACGGUGGGAGCCGCGAGUCUUGGUCGCUUUUUUUGUUUGAAAGGGGAAUGCACUUCUAGAAAAGAGAGAGAGAGAAGGGGGGGGGGGGGGGGAGA